AUGUCUCUACCCGUGCUCUCACGGCCUCUAGCCGAUCCGCCGACGGGUGCGCUACCUCCAAUCCCAACAAGCAAACCUCCGAGAAAGAGUUUGCCCCAGACUCCGUCAAGACUGAAAGCUCCUUCAAGGCCUUCAGCGCUGCCAACGCCGCAGCCUGUUCAAUCGGCUUCUGAUCUGUCGCCAGAAAAACCCUCCGGUAUACCUUCGAGCAAAGGUGUGCGAAAAACUGUCAGCAUCGGCUCAUUCCCGCAACCACCCAAUGCCGGUUCGCGUCCGCCCACCUCAGCCUCAAUGGCGUCCACCACGUCCACAAAAAAGAGGACCUCAGAUGGAGGAUACAGCUUACAAAACGCCUCCAUCAGAUCCAAGAAAUCCCCAAGAACCAGCGUAGCCGCGAGUUUUCACUCAUCUCAAACCCCCAGCCUCCUGAACUCUGCCGGUGACGGUAUGGCCAUUUCGGCCAAAUUUGGAAAGAGAAUAUCGGACGCCCAAUCCAGCGUCCAUUCUCCUCCGCAAAGUCGGAGCUCUUCAGCCAACGGAUCUUACUCGACCAGUGCGACCACGUUCGAAGAAGGCGAGGAGGACAAUCGAGGUCGGACGAAGGAGUCGGAUGAAGGCAUGGCUGAAUCAAAACGAAAUUCCAAGGGCAAAGAAGUCAAAGGCAAUGUCAUUGUCAGUGUACGUGUCCGCCCCGACACUGGAGCUCAACACAAUGCUCAAGCGGAAGGAGAAUGGAUGGUGGAUGGCCGACGAGGACUGGUUGCAUACCGUGGAAAAGAGGGCGGCGAUUACCAUCUCGACAAUGUGUUCACCACCCACGACGACAACGCCAAAGUCUAUGACGCUGCGGCCAAGCGGCUGGUACGUCGGGUCAUGGAAGGCUACCACGGGACCGUGUUCGCCUACGGCAUGACGGGCACCGGCAAGACUUUUUCGAUGCAAGGCACCAUGAGCAGCCCCGGUGUGAUUCCGCUGGCAAUCACCGAUAUCUUCUCCUACAUCCGAGAAACCCCUCACCGCGAAUUCCUCCUGCGAGUUAGCUACCUCGAGAUCUACAAUGAGAAAAUUCAUGACUUGUUAGCUGUGCCCGUCGGAGGCGGCGUCGGACAGCAACAAGAGGAAAUCAAGCUGCGCGAGGACAGCAAACGGGGUGUAUAUGCCUCGCCUUUGAAGGAAGAGAUUGUGCAGAGUCCAACCCAGCUGCUACGAGUGAUCCACAGAGGAGACACUGCUCGUCGUACUGGGAGUACCCAGUUCAACGCACGAAGUUCGCGAAGUCACGCUGUGGUUCAAAUUGUGGUCGAGAGCCGAGAGCGAAUACCAGGGUCGGGUUCUCUGCAGGAAAAUGGAAAGCGUGUGGCAAUGCUACCCGGCGGCGUGCGAGUCUCGACGCUGAGCUUGAUCGACCUCGCAGGAUCGGAACGUGCGGCAGAAGAUAAGGAACGCCGUGCUGAAGGUGCUCACAUCAACAAGUCCCUGUUGACCUUGGGGACGGUCAUCGCAAAGCUCUCGGGCAACCGUGAUAAGAACGGCAACCCUACGGACAAGGACGGAAAACACCUGCCGUACCGAGACAGCAAGCUCACCCGGUUGCUCCAACCAGCACUCUCUGGAAACUCGUUGGUCUCGAUCCUCUGUACCAUUCAGAUUGGAGCCGGCUUGACCACCGCGGGCAGCAAUCACACGGGGGAAACUCUCAACACAUUGAAAUUUGCGGCCCGUGCGAAGAACAACAUCGUGAGCCACGCCAAGCGAGCCACGGAGGAGUUGGGCAGCGUCAAUACGGGUCUCCUGGAACGAUAUAGAGCUGAAAUUGCAAACCUCCGAUCCCAACUGGAGGGGCAACAGAAGUCUGCCGCCGAAAAGGAAGAGCGGCAACUGGAGAAAGAGGCAGAGCAACGCCACGAGGAGCAAAUGCUGGAGAUGCAGCUGGCCCGAACAGCGCUCAAGGAGCGGAUCGAGCAUCUCAACCGGCUGAUCCUGUGUUCCAAGUCGACUGGCGUUAAUAGCGGGACAGUGUCGGCCUUGGGCAUGCACUCGCGACUCUCGGGAGGGACAGAGUUCGCGGGCUCACGGUCCGUGCGAUCGUCAACCAGCCAGUCAACCCUGGGCGUAACUCCCAGUCUGGGGCGACAUCCAUCGGUCGCUUCCUUGGGAGGACUGGCCUCGGCUUCACAUCUCUCAUUUUCAGGAGUUCCAGACGAGGAUGAGGAGGGUGGCACGGAUUUUGGUGACGGGAGAGCGCCGUUGCAGGCCCAGGUCCGCGCGUUGCAGGCUGAUUUGCAGGAUAAGACACGGUACAUCUCGACACUGGAGAAAAGGCUGCUACAAGCUCGGCGCUCCAGCCACUCUCGGGUGUCGAUGGCCUUCAACAAACCGGCGGGUGACGACAGUGAAAUGCAGAGACGAUUGGAAGAGAAAGAUGCGAUGAUUGCGGACCUGCAGAAGACCGUUGCUGCUCUUCGAUCGGCGGUGCGCAAGCGCGAGAUUGCGGAAUUGACGCCCGAGACGUCGUCCUCGGAGUUCAAGCAGAACCGUGCACAAGCGGGACACCAGAGCAACGGUAGCAACAGCAGUUCCCAGCUCAGCGUUUCGACCCAGCCCGUGGUAUCAGGUGGGCCGCGAUCGCCGCUGACGACGAGUCCCAUGGCGAUUCUGUCUCCUCAAAAGGCGAUGGACAAGAAGCGCAAGACGGUGGACGAGAUGUCGAGGAUGCUCGACGAAAUGAUCCAGGACAAGGUCGAGAGCGGACAGCUGAACCGACGGUCUUCAUCAGUCCGGGUAUCUUCACGAGGCUCGUCUUCUGCCCGUCGGCAUUCUCGGCGGCUCUCGAUGGCCGGCAGCCCCGGUGCUGGAUUGCCGACCGGAACUGGUCUCGGAAGCAUGGUUGCAUCGCUGAGAGAGCGUGACUCGGUGUUGGAGGUGAUGGAGGUGAAGGAGUCGAGCUGA